GGAUUGUACUAAAAAAAAAAAGAAAAUUCAAAUAAUCGAUUCCAUAGAAAAGCCUGGAAAACGCCGAUAAAAGAGGAGGGGAAGUGGUGAGAGUGGAUUGGAUUAAAGGGUUUUUGAGCCCCUGUUCUCCCCCCAUGGUUUGUUGGCGAGAAUUGAUGUGAUAUAAAUAGUUAGGUUUUUUAUUUUCUCUCUCUGAAAGACGAGAAUGGUGGGAACAACAGAGGCAGUGGAUUCAUCAGCCUCCAACAACAAGAAGAACCGUAUCCAAGUCUCCAAUACCCAGAAACACCUCUUUUUCUACGUUAAUCUCGCAAAGAGGUACAUGCAACAAUACAAUGAGGUGGAACUCUCUGCUCUUGGAAUGGCUAUUUCUACUGUUGUCACCAUUGCUGAGAUAUUGAAGAACAAUUGCUUGGCCAUUGAGAAAAAAAUCAUGACUUCUGCCAUUGUCAUGAGAGAGGAAUCAGGCGGACGUCCAGUACAAAAAGCAAAAAUUGAAAUACUGCUGGGGAAAUCAGAGAAGUUUGAUAAGUUGAUGGCAGCUGCUGCUGAGGAAGCCUUAGAUAAUGAGUAAUGGUAAGAGAAGAAUAAGAUGCUCCAUUAAUUUUAGCAUUGUGCUACAUUUGUAAGCAUUUUUAACAGUUCUUUUCUCGUUUGCCUGUGAGUGAAGCUUAGCCACUGUGAUGAGAUUUUAGGAACUUUUGUA